AUCCAAGUAUUUUAUAUUUUCUUAGUUGCUAUGUUUUCCAGAUCUUUCUCCACUUCCGCUAGAUUAGCUUUCCACAAUGAUGUCGCCUCUCAAUUCAUGAAGGCUACCAUCCCAAAGCAAAUUCCUCACAAUAUCAAGCAACAAGUGACUAAUGCUACCAAAUGGCAACCAACCCAUGGUCAUUCUUUCAGAUCCUUUGCUGAAUAUAGAUUAAAAGUCUCCAACAACUCUCCAUUAGCCAUCAGAUCUAAGAAUUACAAUGCUACUUUAAGACACGUCUAAACAAUUGAUAGUUAUUCAUGCAUUAUUUUAUUUGGGUUCAUUUAGUUUUGAUUAUUGGGUCUUUAUUUCAAUUCUAUCUUUCGAAAACUAGUUUAUUAGUUUGAUUUUUUGUAUUGCUUGUUUUUUUUUAAGGUUUCUUUCAUGGGAGAGAUAAAGAAUUUCAUUAUACCAUUUUAACAUGGUUUUUCACUUUUUUUUUGCUAGUUGUUAGUUGUAUGUAUAUAGAUUAAAUGUACAAUGAAAACUUU